CAUAGAACAAAGAUGGCGAUCUUCAGUGUGUAUGUUGUCAAUAAGGCUGGUGGACUCAUCUACCAGUACGAUAAUUAUGUACCGCGAGCCGAAGUCGAGAAAACAUUCAGCUUUCCGCUCGAUUUAGUUUUAAAGAUUCACGACGAGAAGGUGGUUGUGUCUUUCGGACAGCGGGACGGAAUCAGAGUGGGUCAUGCGGUUCUGUCCAUUAACGGGGUGGAUGUGAACGGUAAAUACACGGCUGAAGGGAAGGAGAUCCUGGAAUAUCUGAAAGAUCCUGCCAACUAUCCAGUGUCCAUCAGAUUUGGACGACCUCGUCUCAGCUCCAAUGAGAAACUCAUGCUGGCAUCAAUGUUUCAUUCGCUGUUUGCCAUUGGAUCACAGUUAUCACCAGAAGUUGGCAGCUCUGGCAUUGAAAUGCUGGAGACAGACGUGUUUAAACUGCACUGCUUUCAAACACUCACAGGUAUAAAGUUCAUUGUAUUGGCUGACCCUCGACAGUCUGGUAUUGAUGCCCUUCUAAGAAAGAUUUAUGAGAUCUACUCAGACUUCGCACUGAAGAAUCCUUUCUACUCUUUAGAAAUGCCUAUCAGAUGUGAGCUUUUUGACCAAAACUUAAAGAGUGCCCUGGAAAUAGCAGAGAAAGCUGGAACAUUUGGACCCGGAUCCUGAACUGGACUUGCGUUGAGUGUGUUCCUCCACCUGAAAGGAUCUCCAGAUGCUCCGAGAUCAAACUUGUCCAAAAAAAAAGGGAUAAGGAUUUCCAUCAAGCUCUUCUCAAACUCAAACAAUUUACCUUAAAGACAGCUAUGUCUGGUUAAUUUGCAUUGUUCUUGAAAUUAUAUCCUAAAUUUACAGCAAGAAACAUAUUUUGCAACCUUUGUAAAUAAUGUACAUGGACAUAGUUUAAGUAUGUAAUGUGCAGAACAUCGAAACAUGACGGAGCAGCUCAAGAUGCUCGACGCAUGCUCAUUGAAACAUGUUUAUUAGUGUCUUUCUAAAACAAAUUCAAUUUCAUUUGUUUUCUGUCAGGAAAAUAUGAAAACUACUGUAUCCCUUGGAUCGGUUUCUGAAGUUUGGUCACUUUAUUUAUAUAAACUCAUUAAAUUGUGCUAUUAAACAUUCAUGUGAUAUAA